CAAACCCUCGUCUUCUCCUCCUUUAGAAGCCCUAGGACGCACCAGGCACUUCCUCCACUUCGUCCUCACAACCAUGGCGUUCGACAGCAGACCCGGUUCAGCUUCAAAACCACCGAGCAAAGUCCGAUGGGGCGAGCUGGAGGAGGACGACGGUGAAGACCUCGACUUCCUCCUUCCGCCGCGCCAGGUGAUCGGCCCCGAUGAGAACGGGAUUAAGAAGGUAAUCGAGUACAAGUUCAACGACGAUGGCAACAAGGUCAAGAUCACCACCACCACCCGCGUUCGCAAACUCGCCAAGGCCCGCCUCAGCAAGCGCGCCGUUGAGCGGCGGUCCUGGCCCAAGUUCGGCGACGCCGUCCACGAGGACGUCGGCGCGCGCCUCACCAUGGUCUCCACCGAGGAGAUCCUGCUCGAGCGUCCUCGCGCCCCAGGAACGAAAUCAGAAGAAUCCAAGGCAGCAGGAGACUCCCUGGCUCAGCUUGGAAAAGGAGGUGCUGUUCUCAUGGUGUGCAGGACUUGUGGCAAGAAAGGUGACCACUGGACAUCUAGAUGCCCUUACAAGGAUCUCGCUCCUCAGUCCGAAGCCUUCUCCGACAAACCCCUUGCAUCAGAGACUGCGGCUGCAGCUUCUGGCGGCACCACCACCAAGGGAGCUUAUGUUCCCCCAAGCUUGAGGGCGGGAGCAGAAAGGCCCGCUGGGUCAGAGAUGAGGCGCAGAAAUGAAGAGAACUCAGUUCGUGUCACCAACCUAUCCGAAGACACCCGUGAGCCGGAUUUGCACGAGCUGUUCCGCACGUUUGGUCCGGUGAGUCGCGUCUAUGUUGCCAUAGAUCAAAAAACUGGAAUGAGCAGGGGUUUUGGGUUUGUUAAUUUUGUUAACAAGGAAGAUGCUGAGAGGGCGAUUGCGAAGCUUAAUGGGUACGGGUAUGAUAAUCUCAUUCUUCGUGUUGAGUGGGCCACACCCAGAGUAAACUAGAACACAAGUUUUCCAUGUGCUGCUGGUAGGGCGACUUUCGCCCUCUAUUUUGGUUUGUAUUUAUUUGAUGUUUGGUCUGAAAAUAAUAGCUUGUGCUUAUUGUAAUUUGUAGUAUUGAUGUUAGUAUUGGUUUUAAGCUUAUUGUGACGAUAAUGCUUGAAACUGGACUGCUGGAGACUAUUUUUCAGCUGUUGGAAGAUUUUGUAAAUUGUACUUUGGUUCCAAUGUUUUUUUUUUUUGAGGUGGGGACUCGAGAGUAAUAUCUCAUGCCUGUAGUAUUGUCAUUGGUAGUUUAGAAAGAGGCUUGUGAUAAAUGCUUGAAGCUGGAGCUAUGUUUGCUUUCCA